AUGCAAUUCCGUUGUGAAUUUUUUUCACUUCAGUUGCUUGUCACUGAGUCGACUAAUAUCAGUUCGAGGGAGGUUUUUCAAAAAUACCAUCGAACUAAGCGUCUCGCUAUUCAUCCAUCACAAUGGCGAACCAACCUUUGGCCAGGAGGCGUAGUGCCAUACGAAAUUGCUCCUCACUACAAUAACUGGGAAAGAUCUGUCAUCCUAUCUGCAAUGGUCGAAUUUCCCAGGCACUCAUGCAUUUACUUCCGACCGCGAACUCAAGCGGAUCGCUACUACGUAUCCAUAAAUAAGCACUACAACCUCGAGAGAUGCUUCUCGUAUAUUGGACGGCAAACGUCGCUAAUAUUCAGAACUCCUGAAGGCAAUAUAGAGACACGAAUGCGUCUUCAUCCAAGUUGCCUUGCGGUAAAUGGUCGUGGGACAGUUAUGCAUGAAUUGAUGCACAUCAUUGGAUUCUAUCACGAACAUCAAAGGGAUGACCGUGAUCCACGAAUUCAAGGAAAUUCAAUGCAUUACAAUUUUAAGAUUUACCCGAGAUCGGUGGCAUACUAUAUGGGACCGUAUGACCCCACAUCAUUGAUGCAUUACAAUUUUCCUGGAAUCGUCUAUCCACGCUCAUAUUUCAGCGCCAGUGACAUAAAUCGAAUUAAUACGCUCUAUCGAUGUCCGGUGGUAAGUUUUUCACUGACUUUUCCUUUACUACACCAGAUUAACAGAAACGGAAUAUUUAGAGCGAGACGGUUUUAG